AUGCAUCUGUACCCACACCCACACCUUGUUGUGCUAGACUAUUCUCCCCUCUCCGCGCCCGUCCUGGUCCUCAAGUGCUACCCGAAGGUGCAGAAGAACAAUGCCGACGCAAAGGCAAACUCGAGCGAGCUGAGCUACCUCCUCUACUAUGCGAGCACGCGCCGCAGUAAGCUGCAAAAGGUCGUCGACUUCCUCGACAAGCGCGCCACAAAAGAUGUGUGGAAGGUCCGGACAGGCAACAUCCAGGUCACGCUGCAAAUAGUCAAGGCCCUCAUCGAAAAGUGCCCGCGCGACCUCCCGCUGUAUGCGGGCGCGGUGCUGCAUAUCCUGCGCACCAUCCUCAACUCCAACGAUGUCACCAUGGUGGAGGAAUCUGUGCCGACCUUUGAGGCUCUAUGCGCCCACCAGGAGCCCGCCGCCCUGGCCGCCGACCAGGACUACAUCAAAAAGUACGAGGAAAUUGUGCAGCUGUACGCCCAGUUUGCCUCAAAGGACGCCGUCAAGACAGCCAAGGCACCCGUCAGCUGGCCCGUCGCCAUCCGAUACCGCAAGGCGGGGUUGCAGGCCCUGAAUGCAGUUGCCUCAUCCGAGUCGCUUGGUUCCGAGACGGGUCGGCAACUGGCUGUCGUCAUACCCGUCAUCCUCCUCAACGUACACUCGGAGAGCGGCGCAUACCUUAAGCGCUUGGAAGCACGGGAAGCCGCAAAGGGCGACCACGAGAAGGAGCUCGCGUCGCGUCGGCGGCAGAGCGUGUCUACCGCCCGGACCGACGAUGACGAUGGAGACCCCGUUGCCGCUUCUGGCACAACGGAAGAUGCAGACAAGUUGGCCGAGGAGGAGGUUGGCGUGUUGGCGCUGCACGCGCUGCGGAGCAUCUUCCAGGGCGUAAACAGGGGCCAGCUCCGGCUUGCGACAACAGCCGUGCUGCAGUUCAUCACGUUACAUGUCAAGAGCCCAGAGGGAAUGCCGCCGAGCGAAGCGAGCCAUUGGGCCACUACACUCAUGGCCAUGAUAUGUGCUUGGGUGCCUGUCCAGGACCGCUACACAGUGCUGGUAGGGGCCGUCGAAGCCCUGGUACGAAGCCCAAUCGUCGAGGAGGACCUCGAACGCCAAUUGCUCCUCGCCACAGUCAUUGACUACCUGCUCGCUUCGACAAUCAACUUCAUCGGACUCAGUGUUAUGGAUGUCCUGGUUGGCUUAAUCUCCCACUCGCUACUACUCCUGCAACUUGGAGGACCAGGAUCCAACAUUACGCCACAUCACCAGCAAACAACGUCGGUCAUGUCAGAGAAAGAGGCAGGCGACCAGGCUAUGACGAACAAUUUGGCUGGCGUGGUCAUGGAGGUUGUAAACAAGCCCUCGGAAGCCAGGCUGCAACUCUUGGACACUGUGCAGAAAUGCAUGGCCGACCUUGCAACACACGUAUACUACACCGACCAGAUCUCCGACAUGGUCGAGGCAAUUCUUAGCCGACUGAAGCCGUCGCGCCUCUCAAGUGUCUCUACAACCGCUGAGGCGAUACAGAACCCUGAGGGUGCUGUCGAGGCCGUGGCCGACUCAGUAAGCAUGCAAGAGAAGACACACGUUGACCGAUUCUUCUCGUUCGAAACUGCACGCAUCACUGCUCUUGAAGCAGUCAAGGCCAUCAUAAAGACGGCGAAUGCGCGGAGACCAGACGGCUCUACCGCCUCUGUUUCUCGAAGCAAAGUCGGAGUGAGCGUUUGGGAAGGCACACAGUGGUUGUUGCGUGACCCGAGCGGCCAAGUCAGGAAAGCCUACGUUGAUGCUUUGGUGACCUGGCUGGACACUGAAAAGGAUAAGGAGGACCUAAAGAUUGUGGACAAUUACAGGCGCAAGGAGAAGGAUCACGAGAAGAACUCAUUGGCAAGACGUGCGGCGUCCAACGCUUCGGCGAGGGAAAAGGUGCCAAGGCGCGGCAAGGAUACCUUCUUGCCUCUCCUACAUCUCGCCGUCUACGAAAAUGCCCUCUUCUAUAUCGACUCCGAGGCCGACUACCUACUCCUUCACCUACUGCUGACAACCCUUGUCAACAGACUCGGUGUUAAUGCGGCAAGAACUGGAUUGCCCAUGAUUAUGCGAUUGCAGGAGGACAUUGUAGCCGUGGAAGACCCGGCUGUUAAGCUGCGCCUGGGAAGUUUAGUUCACGGUUACCUUUGGGCACUCAGCAUGACUCUUGACUUUGAGGUCACUUCAGUUGGCCGUGCACUACACAACGAGAUCACGCGCAGGAACCAAAAGGGCCUGUGGAUGAAGAGCGUUCGUGUGCCGCCCAUGCCUAUUGACCUGAUCGAAACACCACACCCAACACCUGCUGCAGUCCCCUCGGAGAUUGUCCAGAGCGAAGCCCUUAGGCCCUUUGAUAACCGAGAAGCUCUGGUUGAGAAGAUAUCGGAAGGUUAUUCGACUUCCUUGUAUUCCCCUCCCUCUUCCCCUCCCGGAUCUCCUCCACAUACGAUGCAAAUUUCUUCGUCGAUCCCUACGAUCCAUCAGCCUGUGCAGCCUGCUAGCCACAAGAAUGCUCCCGAGCUCCCUUUCAAGGUUCGAGAGGAUCUUCUGGCGGACUGGACUCGCGAUGUUUGCCUCGCCGCUCACACCAAAGACUCCUCCUCUGCGUCUAUGACCGGGUCAAGAUCCGGGACCCACUACACAAAGAAUAACUUUCUCGGCGUCAACAUCCCGAAUGGCAACCUUGACAGCGGUGCCAACUCGCCAAUCCCGAGCCCACGACGCGCUGCGAGCAAGCCACGCUCUGCCGCUUACGGCCUAGUAGGACGUCUGUCGUCUCCAAACCGAAGUCGCAGCCCCGGCGCAACGCCAAAUAGUUCUUCGUCUCUGCGCUCAACCGUUCGUGUCGAUGACCUCAAACGCGCACUAUCCACAUCCCAUGGCGGAGCACCUCGAACGGGUUACUCGCAACGAGCCCCGUCAUUCCGCCACCAUGAGUCCUCUUCCGACCAUGCCUCUACAACCUCCGACUCGCUCAUCAGUGUGCAUUCUCUAUCCGACGCUUCAUUUAUUACAACAAACCCCACCGAAUCACAACAACUCCCCAACUCCGCCGACUCACCUACCACACCCGCCGCUAUAUCCACCCCACGACCGCUAACCGCCUCCUCGUCCAUGUCGCAUGCCCAGCAAUCGCGAGAAAGCGCAUACACCAUGGAUAACCUACCCCCUGUACCGCCAAUCCCAGAGGACUUCACAAAUGGCCACAGCGACACGCGUGAUUUUGCAAGACCCAAAACUGCGCCGAAUGGCAGUGCGGCGAACAAAUCGAGGAGCAUCAAGAGUGGUGUUAGUAGGGGACGUAGUGGGGAUCGGAGAAGGAGGGGAAGUGAGAUCAAGUCGUCGUUGGGAAGUAAGCCCGAUUUCUCGGGCUUUUUGGAUAGUAUUGGGGUGGGGGAUGAGGAUGAGGAGGGUGAAGGCGGCGAGGUUGUGGGGAAGGCGCCUUAUUGA